AGCGUCGUGGAGCGUCACGGGCGGCAUUCAACGUCCCGCGCGCGAAGCCCAUGAACCUCGUACUCGGCUCAUUCUACAUUUUGCUGCCAAUGGUUUCUGCGCUUCUUCAAGACGACGCGAUGGACCUCAUCGCCAAGGGCCGGCUCACGGCGGACGAGUGGGACCGGAUCCAGACGCUGCCGAUCGCAGCCGAGGCUGUGACGCAGCUCGUGCACUUGGAGCUCGAUGACAUGAUUGCCGACGCGAUCGACGUGCAGCCGACCGGCCAGACGCUGUCGUCCGACGUCAAAGUCGCCGUUGUCGGCGGCGCCCUGGGCUUUGUGAACGCGCUCUGGCGCCUCGAUAGCAUGCCGCGGUCGCCGGCGCACGACGAGGACAAGACGAGUCCCGUGAUCGUUGCCAUCUCGGGGCUAAAGGACGCGACGCUCGACUCGGCGUACAGCUGGAUGGACAUGAACCGCGCCGUCCGCCGCGUCAACUGGCUCAAGCUCGUGCCGUUUCACGGUGACGUGGCAACGUCCGAGCACGUUGUUGUCACGAUCGACGGUUUCAUGUCCCAUGGCCGCAACCCACGGGACAAUUGGGACGUCUUUUGCCAAACGGACGUGGCGUGCUAUGCUGUCGAGUGGGAGGCUGGCAACGUCGGCGACAUCAUCGAUUGCGUCGGACGUGUCUUGACCAUCGACAGCUUGGCGUCCCAGAUCACCAAGAACCCGUGGAACAGUGCGCAGAACAAGGCCCACCAAGUCGGCGCCGUCCUCGCCGAGCUCAUUCUUUCCAAGCCAGCACUCUUUGCCCACCGCAAGGUGACAGUUGUCGGCCACUCGCUCGGCGGCGCCGUCGUCGCCAGUCUUCUGGACCACUUGGCGAGUGGCAAUGAAGCCGUGGCGCCCGAGGACCGCGUCCACCUGCACCAAGCGAUGAUGUUUGCUGCCGCGUUCGUGCCGCACCACGACUUUUCGCACGCCGCUGCGUACGACUUUCCGGAUACGUCGCCCGCGCGCAUCGUCAACGUCUUCUCGACCAAAGACGCAGUGUUGAAGCACGUGUUCCGCCUCGGCUCGAUCCAUGUGUGGCCGUCGGCGGCCGGGUGCGUCGGGAUCCAAUCUCCUUGGCUGCAGAGCGUCGACGUCACGGACAUCGUGCCGGUGAGUCCCACGACGCUCCUCGGCCAUCUCUACGAAGCCCACAUGGAUGAAAUACUUAAUCGCUUGCGGCGGUCGAGUCUCAACGACGUGGACAUGAUUGUCUAA